UAAAAAAAAUGCCGGGUAGGUGAACAUGUUUUUCCUUUGCAGUAAAACACUUUGUAGAAGAAUCACAAGAUCCAACGAACAAAAACCCACCAACCCACGUUCCCUCCCUUCUCAAAAAACCUUCCACUUCUACCGAAUCUUAAAUUUUUCAUAGCUCAAUCUCUUCUUUAUCUUUUUCCAGCUCUGCCCUUUCUUUCUUUGCAAAUUUUCAUGGCUUCUUCCAUUACAUCCAAGCCUUUCCUCGGAGCUACUACGCUCAACUCUUCCGUUUCUUCUGAUGUUCGAAGGCUUUCUUUUUCUUCUCUUCCUAUCUCAGUCAAACCAAAAACCAACACAAAAGUGUGCUGCAUAAUAGAGAUACAGGCAGCUGGAAGUACAUUUGGAAAUUAUUUCCGAGUUACAACAUUUGGAGAAUCUCAUGGAGGCGGUGUUGGUUGUAUAGUUGAUGGGUGCCCUCCUAGGAUUCCUCUAUCAGAAGCUGAUUUGCAAGUUGAUCUUGACCGAAGGAGGCCAGGCCAGAGCCGAAUUACUACCCCUAGAAAAGAGACUGACACAUGCCGAAUAUAUUCUGGAGUGUCUGAAGGAGUGACUACAGGAACACCAAUCCAUGUAUUUGUACCAAAUACUGAUCAGAGAGGACAUGAUUACAAGGAAAUGUCAAUAGCUUAUAGGCCUUCUCAUGCUGAUGCCACUUAUGACAUGAAAUAUGGUGUCAGGGUGGUGCAGGGUGGUGGGAGAUCCUCAGCCAGAGAAACCAUUGGAAGAGUUGCCCCUGGAGCUAUUGCUAAGAAAAUUCUCAAGCAGUUUUCAGGAACUGAGGUUCUUGCCUACGUCUCUCAAGUUCACGAGGUUGUGCUUCCAGAUGGUUCAGUUGACCAUGACACUGUUACUCUUGAUCAGAUAGAGAGUAAUAUUGUAAGGUGCCCAAAUCCUGAAUAUGCUGAGAAAAUGAUUGCUGCUAUCGAUGCUGUCCGGACGGGAGGAGAUUCAAUUGGUGGUGUUGUCACAUGCAUAGUGAGGAAUGCCCCACGUGGGCUUGGUUCACCAGUUUUUGAUAAGCUUGAAGCAGAGCUUGCUAAGGCUGUAAUGUCAUUACCUGCAACCAAAGGCUUUGAAUUUGGCAGUGGAUUUGCAGGUACUUUUCUGACUGGUAGCCAACAUAAUGAUGAGUUUUUUACAGAUGAACAUGGAAGAAUAAGGACUAGAACAAACCGCUCUGGUGGGAUACAGGGUGGAAUAUCCAAUGGAGAAAUUAUAAAUAUGAGAGUAGCUUUCAAGCCAACAGCUACAAUUGGUAGGAAGCAGCAUACUGUGACUCGAGAAAAGAAAGAGAUAGAACUAAUAGCACGGGGCCGUCAUGAUCCUUGUGUUGUCCCCAGAGCUGUGCCGAUGGUUGAAGCCAUGGUAGCCCUGGUGCUUGUGGACCAAUUGCUGGCACAAUAUGCACAAUGUAACUUGUUCCCCAUCAAUCCAGAGUUACAAGAACCCUUGAGCUUGAAUUUCCCAAAUUUCGAGCUGGCAAAUAUAUAGACAUGAACGAUGGCAGAAGAGGCUAUAGUAUCUCCAUUGUCAUCAACUCAAAAUUUUCUUGAUACCAAAUGUUAAAUACUCCAUUUUGCAUGAGAAUGUUCUGGUUUUUAUUCACCUAGUAGUCCAAGAGUGCAUUGCCAUUUCCUUUUGCCCUACUUCAUUGUUGUCUUGUCUUAAUGUACCAUUCAUAUGUUGACUAUUAUUUGAUUUAUUUUCCCCUUACCGUUAAUAAAUGAUUGUUGAUGAAUUAUGAAAUAAUUUUAUUUGAUUUGAUGGUCUUUCUAUUAUAUGGUUAGUACACUUUCAUU